AUGGCGCAAUAUGAUGUCAUACCUUGUUACGAAGAUGAAGAUAUGUUCGAAGACAGAAACGACAAUGUAACAGAUUUGCACGCAUACUAUAUGUCCCAAUUUAAUUUAGAACUAGAAAAUAGUAACAGAAAUAAGAAAUCUGAUUGUUUCAAGUAUGGGGUUGAAGAAAGCUUUGAUUUUGAAGUUCUAGAGAAUUGGGAUACGUCUGCCAAUAACCAAACCGAAUUUGGUAUGAUAGAUGAUGUUAUAGAAAGUAAUAUAAACGAACAAAAUAUUAAAGAAGUACUUUUAGAUCUAGAUAGUAUUGAUUUCGAAGAUAAAACCUAUAAAGUCGAAAGCUACAAAGUCAACGAAAACAAAUCAUAUCAACCGAACAACGAUUAUAUAGACGACGAGUCAUUGAUCGACGAACUAUGUAGAGAAGAUAAUGAAUCUUGUAGGCUAACACCUGAUUUUAAUGAAGAAUAUUUAAGUCCUGAUACCACAGAAAAGAACAUUCUACCGUCAAUAGACACUGUGCUUUCUAAGCGCUAUUGUAACUAUAAUGUUGAAAAUAUUCAAAUGAACGAAUAUAAUAAUAUUAAUGUUCAGCAAACUAUGUGUCCCAUGGAUAGUCUAGAACAAUACAGCUAUCCAAAUAAUAUCCUUUAUAACUUAGAAGAGAAAAAGUAUGUAUUACCAGAUACACCGACGAGUUGUAAUGAAUUCAAUUUUGAUAGGGGUGAAAGAAAAAUAUCAGUAUCAGAAUCUGUUGAAAGUGAUGUGCAAAGCAACAGCUAUUACGAUGAAAAUUCAGAGAAUUUCGAAGAAGAAGACUUGUUUAUAAAUUUAGAUGAUUUUGGGUUUACGUUUGAGGAGACGAACAAUGUAACUACAGAUGAUAAUAAACCUAUGAAUCAUAGAAAAAAUGAUAAGGAAAAAGUGCAAGGCGAGAGAACAUGUUUGUGGGAGCAUUGUAACGAAAGAUAUCCAAAUCAAAAUCUACUGGUGGAACACAUCGAGAGAGCUCACGUCAACACCUACAAAGGCGAUGAAUUCAGUUGUUUGUGGCGGGAUUGUGCAAGGGAGCGACGCGCUUUCAACGCAAGAUACAAACUCCUCAUUCAUAUGCGCGUCCACAGCGGACACAAGCCAAAUAGAUGUCAUCAUCCUGGAUGUGGUAAAGCGUUCUCUCGUUUGGAAAACCUGAAGAUCCACGUUCGGUCUCAUACUGGCGAAAGGCCUUACGCCUGCCCAGCGCCUCACUGCAGAAAAGCGUUUUCGAACUCUUCAGACAGAGCUAAACAUCAAAGAACACACUUUAAUGCUAGACCUUACGCCUGCGGUGCCAUCGGCUGUGGUAAGAGAUACACAGACCCAUCUUCUCUUCGAAAGCAUGUCAAGACUCACCCCCAUAUUACCAGCAUUCCCAGAACCUGCAUACCACCCUCUAGAACAAUGAGGAAGCCUGAUCAGGAGCAGACUGUUCCAAGAUCACCAGCAAAAUUGACCACCCUUCGGUGUAUCAGGGAUAAAUUGACAGUACCUAGAUUGCAGAAACUGUAG